AGUUCAGCAAAAAAGUGUUACUUCUUUCAAUCAUGAAGAGCCUUAUUCUAGUCGUUCUUUGCUUUUACUCGGUAUCCGCCGACGUAAGUGAACUGCUUUACAAGCCCGAUCCGCAUGGCGUGCCCCACUUCGAGCAUAUCUCAACGCUGGAGCACGUGUUCGAGGGAGGAAUCGAGGUGGAACCAGUUCCGGAAGCGGUUCCUUUCGGUCUGUCCAACGAAGGCAUCGAGGUAGUUCAAGCCCUGGAAGUAAUCCCGCUGGCCGAAGCCGUUCCGGCGAUUCGAACCCAUCCCCAUCAGCAACAUGGUCACGCCCAUCCGGAUUACCAGGGACCGUACCACUAUGUGAAGCCAAAGGUACAGCUGGAGUAUGGCACACCGCUGGAAGAUGGCCCGGUGGAACAUCCGAAGGUUCAAGAUGAGCAGCCGACGUCGGAAUAUCUGCCACCGGCUGGCAACAGUGAGGUUCCGGUGAAGCGACAGGUCAAGUUGUUGUACCGACGAAGAGUUUGAGACUUGGGGGAGAGGAUGAAUCUGAUAUUUUGUGGAAAAUUGGUGAUAAAGAUGCUUGUGCGAGAAAUACGAAUCUUGGAUAAAAAAAGAUGUUCUGCUUGUGUCAUAUGUUCAAAAAGAAAUUAGAAUUAAAAAGUGCAAUUUUUAAAAUUA